AUGGAUCAAUCACAGAGUUAUAAUUAUAAUUGGAAGUAUAAUUAUGAUCCAAGACAACUGGAUUAUACUUAUACACCAAGUCAGUCUUCAAUUGCCAGUCAAGUGGGUUCUGGAAUGGGGUCUGGAGUUGGUAGUACUGGGAGUUCUAAUACCAAUUAUAGUUAUAGGUAUGGGUAUCAGAAUUAUCAAGGUGAUUAUGGAUCACAAUUGAACAGUCAGGGUCAGGGUCAAGGUCAGGGUCAUGGUAAUGAGCAAGUCCACAAUCAGGGCCAUGGUCACGGCCAAAGUCACGGCCAUGGUCAAGUCUCAAGGUAUGCAGGCGGUCAAGGUCCAGGAUGUGGAGGCGGCCAAGACACUCCAGUAAUUACAGCUAGAAGUCCAAUCAGUAGAGUCAGUCCUCCCUCCAACCUCUCCUCCCCAAUGCUCAACAUGAACUCCAUCAGCAGUAAUCUCAACUCCAUGACUUUAGGUACUGAUAAAGAACAAAAUCAGAUGGAAAAACUUAAAUUACAAUUAUCUUUGAAAACCCAAAUCAUCAAUAAUUUGAAGAAAAGAAUCGAAACCGAUACCGGAGUUAAUGAGAAUUUCUAUAAACUUCAUAAAGAAACUGUUGAUAAAUUAAAAGAAAAAGAAACCGAAUUAUCACGUACCAAUGAAAUUUUAGAAACUUUAAUGGUUAGCUUAACAUUAAGUAACUCUGGGAAGUUUGACGAACAAGAGUUAACCCAUAAGAUCAUCAACAAAAUCAAAGGUUUAACUGCUGAAAAUGAUAGAUUAUUGAAGAUGGUUAGUGAAAGCAGUAAGCUGAGUUUAUUGGUUGAAAUUGGAAUUUUGAAAAACAAAAUCCAAGGAUUAGAAAAAGAAUUGAGUGAGAAGUAG